AUGGCUUCACAUGUCUCUGAGAGCACCCCGCUUCUGCCCGAGACCGGAUAUUCGCAGGCGGCUGCUUCAGGGCUUUCGGACCACACAAUAAAAGACGCAGAGAGUGGCUCCAAGCGAUUAUGUGCAGGACUCGCAACCACCAGGACUGCUGAAGCAAAGCUCCUGGUAUGGAGCGGUGCACCACUCAUGCUAACUUCUGUCCUACAACAUUCAUUCAAUGUAACGACGGCCAUUGUAGCUGGACACUUAGGGUCUUCGGAGCUUGCAGCCGUCGCGUUAGCCAACAUGACCUCAAACGUGACAGGUCUCGCCGUCUACGAGGGCUUAGCCACAAGCUUAGACACACUGUGCUCACAAGCCUAUGGAGGCCAUAACAAGAAGAUGGUUGGGCUGCAUAUGCAACGGAUGAUUUACUUCCUCUGGCUUGUCACUAUUCCAAUCGGCGCUGUCUGGCUUUGUUCGCCUUGGAUACUGGGUGCCAUUGUUCCCGAGAAAGAUGUCGCAAUUCUCGCUGCUUCUUACUUGCGAAUCUACCUGAUCGGGGCGCCGGGCUUCGCUACUUUUGAAGCCGGUAAAAGAUUUGUUCAGGCGCAGGGCAUAUUCACUCCGUCGCUUCUUGUUCUUCUAGUCACUGCGCCAUUGAACAUUCUGCUGAAUUGGAUAUUUGUUUGGAAGCUCGGUUGGGCUCUCCAAGGUGCGGCUGCAGCCAUAUCGACGACAAACUUGGUGCAGCCGAUCUUACUCCUCCUCUAUGUACGCUUUGCAAUUCCCCACUCGCUACAAUGCUGGCCUGGCUUUUCAUGGAAUGCUUUUAAGAAUUGGGGACCUAUGGUAAGGCUUGCGGUGCCAGGUAUACUCACGGUGGAAGCCGAAUGGCUAGCCUGGGAAAUCCUGACUUUCUCUUCAGCUUAUCUGGGAAAAACGUAUUUGGCAGCCCAGUCCGUGCUCUACAAUGUCAGUGUUCUCAUGUACCACCUUCCGAUGCCAGCCAGCAUAGCAGCGAGUACCAGACUUGGAAACCUGAUUGGUUCUGGCGCUCUUGAUGCGGCACGGAUCGCGGUAACAGCUUAUUUUUUCAUAUUUUCUGGUAUUGGUCUCUUUAACCUCUCCUUCCUCGUGGCUAUGAAAGAUGUUAUCCCGCGAAUCUUUUCGCAUGAUUUGGACGUUCGGAACGUCGUCUCAUUGGUGAUGCCGAUUUGUGCCGCUUUCCAGCUGGUUGACAGUACGACCUCAUUGUGUAAUGGGCUACUGCGUGGCCUGGGGCUUCAAUACUUUGGUGCAUGGACAAAUCUAGUCGUAUACUAUGGGUUCUCCAUUCCUGUUUCACUCUGCCUCACAUUUCGCCCGCCACAUCUUGGACUCUGGGGUUUAUGGAUUGGACCGGCUGCUGGCCUUGCUGCGAACAGCCUUGAUAUCAUCACAUCCGCCAUAAUCGGGUUCGAUUUCUCCGAGCUGGAGUCUCAUCUGCCGUCCGCGUUCCAUCAUGACGUUCAUGACACAAAUUACAAGAAUGGACCAUUCAAGAAUGAGGCCACAGCAUCAACGGAUGUGCUUGAUACGAUCAAGAUCUUCAUUGAUUCUGCACUCACCACUGAGUGGGAAAGAGACAAGUUCAGAGCUACGGGUCUAGCGAGCUUCAACGUCCGGCACCGUCACGCAGGCGACACACGACUUGGUCGCUUGACCGUUAUCCCCGUCCUCAUGGAUCUCAACACCGUCUUCGAACGAGAUCAGAUUAAACGAGGUCUCGAUGUGCCGCCAUUGGUUACGCAGAGCCUUGAUCAGGAAGGCAACGUCGAGGAGACGACAACCUGCGAUACGUAUGGAAACGUCACGGAAAUGCCCUGGAGGGCCUGA